GCGGGGAGGUGCUGGUGUACAGGCAAGAUCUCGACAUCGUUCUUUGACGUGAAUGAUGGGACGAUGCCACAGAGGUGAGGGAUAUCAGCGAAAGCAUGUAGAUGCGCGUGUCCAGGCGUGUGUGAAUCUGUUCCUUCCAGCCUCGUGCGUGUGUUCCUUGCAGCCAUCAUCCUUCUUCAUUGCCCCGGCUUGAUCAUCCUUCUUCAUUGAGCUGCAGCUCAAGCAGCCAGCUGGUGGGCGGGCGAUGGAUCAUCACAUUACAUCUGUGCAUGUUGUCCUUCUACGCUUCAUCAGGUCCAAAGAGAUGUGGCGCCGGCGCCUCGAUGGUGACGCCAGUGAGGACAGAAAAUGGCCAAUCACGCAGACACAUGGAUUCAUUUGUGCACUUUCUGCGCUUUCAGACCAGCAUGGUCCCGCGGCUUCAUCGAUUCCCCACGACCGUUUUUUCUCUGAGUUCCACGGCCACAAGAUCAGCGAUUUGGAGCAUCUGUAUGCCGCCCUGAAGAAUCAGGUCGCGCCAACCCAGCCGCAUCGGUUCAUCUGGCUGGCGGGCGACUCGAGCCUGGACAACAAAGCCUGGCUCAACGAAACGGUGCCCGCAGCCAACGGGUGGGUACGCCAAGCAGUGAUGGACGGGUGUGUGACGGUUGGUGGUCUGUGUCUUGAUUGCCUCAACGCAGGUACGAGCAUGUACUGAGUCCGCCGCUGUGUCGGCCUGACGUGGCCUUCCACCUUAACAGCAUCAUCGCCCACGAGGCCGACCCAACGCCCACCUCCCCCACACGUACCAUCUGCAUCAACACGGCUGUCGAGGAGUCGACACUCGCCGCUCGCAACGGCUCUUAUAUAUUCCCACACGACACCUUCAUCAGAGACAACGUCGGCCCCAACGACGUGCUGGUGGUGUCUGUCGGUGGCAACGAUAUCGCAUUGAACCCCUCAGCCGCCACGAUGGCCAACGCGUCGCUGCUGAUCGGUUCGGAGAGCCCCGAGGACAUCGACAUGGCCCUGGGGCACUUUGUGGGUAUGUUUCGGGAUGACACGCGGCACUAUGUGAUGAAGCUGAUUGAGAAGGCGCGGCCGGCACUUGUCCUUGUCUGUAUGAUAUACUUUCCCGACCAGAGGAGGACACCCUCGUGGGCCAACAGCGCUCUGGCGGUCAGCCAGCAUUCUGGACAGAGGUGUGGCGUGUGCAUGUGUGUAUCUGCGUGUGUCAACAUACAGGCGUUGGACUAUGACACGCAUCCCGAGAAGCUGCAAGCGGCCAUCCGGCAGGUGUAUGAGCUAGGCACCCGAGCCGUCCGCAUUGAGGGCACUAAGGUGGUGCCGCUGGCUCUGUUUGACGUGCUGGACGGCACCGACUCUUCGCUGUACGUCGACCGGGUGGAGCCCUCCAGCAAAGGGGGCGAGAUGAUGGCCAGGACGAUAUGGGAGGCCGCCAAGGCCAAUGCGUAGAUAUGAUGUACACAUUCUGUAGUGGCGGUCAACAGAUGGGGCAGGGCAGCUGGGACGAUGUUGUUUGUGCGACGUGUUUUUUUGGCAUGACUCACUCAUUCGAGCGCUCUCGUCUACCUGUCCGUAUGCAUUCAUGAUAGUGUGUGUGUCCAGAGAUAGAUUCUGUGUCUACGCAGACAUUGAUGAGACUGGUUUCCAUGGAAACUUGGGCUGACGGUCGGCCGGUCGGUAAGGGUUUGACG